CCCAUGGAGCAUUUGAUUGUGAAUGAUACCACGAUGAAUACACUGGUCAAGCACAUUACUGUCGAGAAAGGCAUAUAUUUUAAUGACAAUGAAAUUGAAGAAAUGGGGAAGAAAGGGCGUGGAAGCCGUCGAUGCUGCAGAUUCAUCGAAAUAUCUGGAGUUACACUCAGUUACUGA